GAGAGGUUCAGACAGCUGGCUUGGGGCUGGCGGGGAAGCGGCCGCCGCAGCAGCAGCCCUCCGUGACAGAGGACACCACGUGGAUUUUCUUUCCCCUUGGAGCGUGGAGAGAGGCACGAUCCUCAGCCUACAAGCUCUGUAGCUUCAGUCUUGAAGGAUCCAUAACCAGGAGCUACUGAGUCAUGGCCGAAGGGGAAAUCACAACUUUCACAGCCCUGACAGAGAAGUUCAACCUGCCUCCAGGGAAUUACAAGAAGCCCAAACUCCUCUACUGUAGCAAUGGAGGUCACUUCUUAAGGAUCCUUCCAGAUGGCACAGUGGAUGGCACCAGGGACAGGAGUGACCAGCACAUUCAGCUGCAGCUCAGUGCGGAAAGCGUGGGGGAGGUGUAUAUAAAGGGCACCGAGACUGGCCAGUACUUGGCCAUGGACACCGACGGGCUUUUAUACGGCUCACAGACACCAAAUGAGGAAUGUUUGUUCCUGGAAAGGCUGGAGGAAAACCAUUACAACACCUACACAUCCAAGAAGCACGCAGAGAAGAAUUGGUUCGUUGGUCUCAAGAAGAAUGGAAGCUGCAAACGCGGUCCUCGGACUCACUAUGGCCAGAAAGCAAUCUUGUUUCUCCCCCUGCCAGUCUCCUCUGAUUAAAGAAAUCUGUUCAGGGUACUGACCACUCCAGAGGAGUCUCACGGGGUCCUCAUCCCACUGACCCCCAGAAUGUUCCCUUGACCAUUGGCUGCACUAACCCUUGGCCCACAGAGCCUGAAUUUGUAAGCAAUGUGCUUCUAAACGCCCAGCUCACCAUUUUGCAAAGCCCUUUACCCCAGCAGUGUUUGGAACAGAGGGGACCAAAUUGCUUCUAAGGGCCAACUGGCUGGCCAGUCUGGGUCUGGGUUUGGAUGUCUGGUUGCUUCUGGGCAGGCUGCAAGUUGAGCCUCUCAAUGCAAAGGUAGGGCCAAAUGAAGUGUGUUAGGGGGUCUGCCAAAUGAGUCAUUAUUAACUGUGUACAAUUUUCCUCUACUGAGCUAACUCUGUCUGCUGUUCCCCCAAACAUCUGGCCUGACUCCCUUUCAUCUUUCCAAUACUCCACAAACAUUCCCAGACCAGCUCAGUGCUAGCUCAGAGGAGGGCAGUAUUCCACAAGUAGGAACAGGGAGGAAGAAAGGAUUUAAAAUGGGAAGGGGAAAUUGGCUUUUGGUGGGCAAGUUAGGAAGAUGGGAUCUCGAUGCGGACUAAAUGAAGGCGGGAGGCCCAGCCAGAGGGAAGCAGAGGAAAUCCAUAGCCUUGGGAGUCAUGAAGCCUUCCUUGACUUUCCCCAAGGCUGUUCGGCAGCAGGAAGCGACUGCAUGAUGUCAGGUGGAGAGGGUGAGAAGUGGGUUUUUGAUAAGGGCAGAGAUGUCAGAUGUUCAUACGUUCAUGGGUACAGGGAGAGGGUGUGUGAGUGAUGAGAAAGGAAAGGAAACAUUGGCAGAGAGGGUAAGUUAGCCACUCAAAGAGGAUGAUUUUAGAAGUGAAAAAGAAAGAGAAAUGACACCAUGGGUCAUGCUUGGCCUCGGUGAGCAGGGGCUUUGGGAUCCUAGCGCAGUGUUUCCCCAACUCUGGGAUCUUGUUUAAAUGCAGAUCCUGAUUCAGUGGGUCUGGGUGGAGUUUUGGCAUUUCUAACAAGCUCCCAGAUGCUGUUGCUACUGCUGCCCUCCCCCGCCAAACUUUAACUAACCAGUACAAGUGGCCAUUGAGUGGGAUCCAGCUCACGGUAACCCCAUGCGUGUCAGAGUAGGACUGUGCUCCAUAAGGUUUUCAAUGGCUGUGUUUUUGGAAGUAUAGCGCCAGGCCUUUCUUCUGAGGUGCUCCUGGGUAGACUCGAACCUCCAACCUUUCAGUUAGCAACUGAGUGUGUUAACUGUUUGCACCACCCAGAGACUUCGUACAUUAAGGAGCAAGGUCCUCAAGAAUGUUAUUCAAAUGAAGGUGGCUCAAAACCUUGUCCCUCACCUUGCCUCAGCCUCCCCCUUAAAAAUGCACACCUCAUACACCUUCCCAAGCACUGCAGGCAGCAUCUAUAGUAGUUAUGUCUGAUUAAGGAGCACGGCUUUAAGGCACUCUGGCCUGGUGCCUUCACAACGCCCAUUUAAAAGAUAUACAAAAGCUGACUUCAAAAAUGUUAAACUCUCACACACAGCUUUUCCCCAGAGGCCAUAUUUGUGUUUCAGUUACUUGUAUAAAUAUGCUUUGCACUGCAAGUAAGUCUGACCCAAGGUGGCUAGCAAAUUAGAAACACCAUUCGUCUUUGACCUAUGCUACCGAUGCCAUGGAAAGCCUUUAAUAAGCCAUCUAAACUCAUUGUGAGCCUGUAUGUUUUUAUCACAUUUACAAAUAUAUAGCCCCACGGUGGCUAAACUGAUUAGCAUUCAGCCACUGAGAAAGAUAAUAAUAGGAUACCAUGUAUAAGCUACUCAGUUAUCUUCUAUUUCUACUACAUUUUCCUACGAAAUGAGAUUUUUCUUUGUCUUCCACUGUACUGUUACCAAUUUUACUUUGAAAACGGAGACUCUUAAGCAAUGAUGUGGUAACUUUGGAUAAAAACUGAUGGGAGGGUUAGCUCGUGUUUUACAAGGAACUGAAGUAAUAAUCAGUUGAAUAAUAAUUCCUUCGUAAUUGAACUGCCGUAUUUAAGGAAGGGAGGAAAACGACAAUUUGUGGAAGCUCAAAGUGUUAGUGCAAAUUGAGGAACUGAUCUGAGUAAGUUAACAUUAUGGCGAAUAAUAUCAUUAUGCAUUUGAACAGCAAAAAUGAUUUUACAGCUUUUUUGUUUUUUGUAACUUGGAUGAGACGAUUUGGUUUUACUUUAGUAAAUCUUUGCAGGCGAGUUGGGGGAUCACGUAGUACGGCUUAAUAUCACUUUACUAUGAGGAUUUGGCCAGAAAAAGGUACCCAGAGAGGAAAUCCAAGAUAUUUAUAACGGUCCAUAAUUUUUAUUGUAUGAAUCAGUUUCAAGUAUAACAUUGGCCAAGAAAAAUUAAAUACCAUUGCUGACAAAAAAAAAAACGGAAGUCGGUGGUUUCAGAGACCCAGGGCAUUGUAGUAGAAAACUACUGUGACCUCGACAACCUUACUCCAGUCAUCAUUCAAUGCAUAUUUUUUACUAGCCUGCUGUGUGGCAGGCACUGUACUGGGUUCCUUGUCUAUCUGGGACCUUGUCUGUCUGGGACCUUUUCUGUCUGGCCUGCUGCUAUAUCCUCUCCCAGGGCAUUAUAUUUAUGUGGAUUUAUUUCUUUCAGUCAAGUAAGAAACUUAGACUUUGUAGGUUCCCGCUGAACAAAUGGCAAGUACCAGAAACCCAGGUUUUGGAAGAAUUAGCAAACCCCAGCCUAAGAUAAACUUCUAACAAAGUCUCAGAGGACAUGACAAGAUAAAUCUAACAUUUUCAACUACGGAAAUGUGUCCGCUUCAGGGGGACUGCUUUCAAAUCAGGAAAAUAAUCUGUCAGCUCCUGUAAGAAAGAAGUGGUGGGCAGUUCCUGACUCCGUUUUGAACAUGCUCUAGUUUCUUCACCGCGGAGCCCACCCACUGCUCGCUCUCUUCCUUAAUUGAGUCUUGUAGUGAGUCUCUCUGUCAGGUACCUCUCAAGUGGGUUAAUUUUCAGGCCAACUGUUAGGAGUUACCUGACACUUCAUACAAAGUGUUUUUGAUUCCUUUCGCUGUGGUGGUGGUUCUUUAUGUUUCCUUGGAAGGAAUGAAAAUUAAAGCCUCCUACGUGCACUUACAGAAGACUGACUGGAGCAUAACCUGUUAACGAAGAUCAAGGUCCUUGCUUUGUGUUGUGCGUGAUGGAGCCCAAGUCCACAGGCUUGCAUUGCCUACUGCCUCAACCAACUGUGCCCCCGGGCUGCAAAGCAAGCCUCUGAUGAUGAAGACGCCUGUCACUUUACAUCACUAUCUUUUUUUUUUAAUAUAUAUAUAUAUCAUAGUCUGCACCUUACAAAUAUUAAUAAAUGGUCCAUUAAUCGGUGAUAAUGCUUUGGAGUUUCUGAGCAUCUGAGCGUCAU